UCGUAGUUCUCUAUUUCAAUCCUGCUGAGUGGUUUUCAACAUUGCAAACAGUAGUUGAAAUGUGAAAAUUCAUUUAAAAUGAAGUUGCAGAUCAUUAUGCUCUUUUUCUGUCAUUUUCACUUUGCUCAUCAAAAAGAUGUCACUGAUAGUAAAAAUAGUGACACUGAACAAUCAUUAGAGCGAAUUGAUGACAUAGCAAAAACUAAAACAGGCACCAGAAAACUAAAUUUUGGUUCGGUAAACAUUGAGCGCAUAGAAUGCAGCAUUAAUAUAACUUCUGUAACUCAGCCAUGCUCAGCUUUGAGUGUUUUGGAAGAUCUAUUUCCGAGUUUAGAUUUUGAAAAACUCUCUGGAGGUUUUAUGAGCUUUUAUUCUAUGCUAAUAAACAUAAAAAUUGAUUUUGCUAAGACUGGACAAAUAUGUAAUUCAAGUGAAGGAUCUAUUGAAGUAAACAUAAAUUCAACAGGGCGUCAUGUGCAUAUAGUAGAUAAAAAAUAUCUACCUUUAAAAAUUGUAUUUCUACAAGUCAUAUGGGAUUUAAGUAUAAAACAGUUAAAAACAGUGGAUAUUGAAUUAAAUGGUGUUUUUUUAAGCAAUACUCUUGGUAUAAAUUCUAAUAAUCCUAAUUAUGAAGGUGUUAUCAUAGAAAUUCAAAAACCAAAAGGCUUGACUAUAUUUGAAUUUAAAACUGUAAAUUUACCUACCACUGAACUAAACUACCUUCUUAAGGAUUUUUACAUAGACAUUAGCUCAAUAACAGUUGGUCUAGCGCUAAAAACAAAGUUAGAACUUUCUUUACAAACUUUAAAAUUUUAUAACUCUACUCUGAUUGGCUACAUUGAACCUAAUAUUAUGUUUGAAUUUCAGCUUAGUGGUGUGCAUAUGGGUUCAAAUGCAUACAUAUCUGCAAAUCCAGUUUAUGUAACCAUCCAAAAAUAUCAUGGUGCUCUUGAGCCUACAGUUGCAAUUUUCGGAAAGUUUAGUAAUGGAGUCAUAAAUACUUUAACUAAAGUUUCAGUUGUUGAAUUACCUGUGUAUCCUUUUCUCAAAACUGUAAAAGAACACGCUCUAGUGUUAUCUUCUGAGAAGAUAUCUGUUAUUAAUAUAAAAGAAGCAAGAGAAGCAAGUGACAAGUUUUAUUGUAAAAAGUGCAGAGUAAAGUUUCUUCCUGGUCUACAUGUAAUUUUUCAUGUUGAAGACAUAAAAUCAAGUAACAAUGCAACUUAUGUUUCUAAUCAGCCUGAUGUUUUGGAUAAUAAGGAAGAGUACUUUGCUCAUUUGCAACUUUUAAAAAGAAACCAUAUUCCAAAUAAACUUUUGAAAAAAAAUAAUGUUAAGUAUUCAAAUAUUAGCAGUAAAAACUUUUUAAUAAAACAUGAUAGUAACUUUAAAGUUAAGCGAACCAAAAGAGAAAGCAUGUUCUAUGAAGAAAAUAAAGACUUCAGAAAUCGAGAAAAGCUAAAAAGAACUUAUGUUAGCAAAAGCAGGAAUAUUUUGAAUAGUGAUAUAAAGGGUUAUGGUAAAGUUAGACAUACUAAAAAUCAUGAUUACAAUUACUUUAAAAGAGACAGUCUAAAGGAUUUGUUGCGAAAUGCAAAUUCUAUUGUCAUGACAAAUACUAAUGAUGAAGAUGAUACUUUAGACUCUACAAUUUUUCCAGUUGAUAAUAUAAAUAAAAAUAUUAGUUUUUUUUCUCCGGAGAAGAAUUUUAAUUUUACAAUAAUGAAGGAAGUUCAAUCUCUUAUAAAAAAUGAUUCUAUGACUUUAAAAACCAACUUAUCAAUACCACUAAAUGAUGUUUUUACCAAGAUUGGUCAUACUUCGGAAACUACAGUAAAUAUUACUUCAAAUCUUGUUAAUAAUUUGAUAAAGCAAGACAAAGAUAAUAAAACUGAGCAUUUAUUCAACAAAACAUCUAGUUUGUCUAAUAAUAAUGAUAUUUUAAUUUUGCUAAAUGAAAGUACUUUACCUGUUAGUUUUAUUGAAAAAUCUGCUGAAAAUAAAUCCACUGUAAAAAAAGAAAAUAUGAUGAGUGAUUUAACAUUAAAAAUAUUGCAAAACUCUAUGCAGAGUUUAUUACAAUAUAAGGAAAAAAACAACAGAAAAAUAAAGAGUGAAGACAAAAUUUCACAAAGAGAAGUUCAGCCAUUCAUGAUUAACAAGAGUGAUACGAUUAUGUUUGUAAAUGUGAAUCAAGAAAGUUUAGUAUUUGAAGUUUCUCAUAAUUCAGAAUAUGAUGUUUUGUCAAUUAUCAAUUUCGUUGACCCUGCUAUACUGGCAAAUCUGCCAUGUUUUCCAUUUAAUGGUGAAAACUCAAAAUUUAUGUUAAACAAGAUUAGCUUAACCAAGGAAAUGCUUGAAAUAAAUAUGAAUAUGACUGCAGAUACUGAAGUUGUACCUGGUGUCUUCUCAAUAAAAAAAUCAUUUUGUGUAACCGUGCAACAGACAAAAGAAGGCCAAGUAUCAUUAAUUGGUACUGGUAAAGGGAAGAUACUAGAAACUGAAACAAAAGUUGAAUUAAUCUUAGAUGAAAGCAAAGGCUGCUCAGUUGAAGGAAAUUUUUUCUGGCAAAAUUUAGAAAUAAUCACAGAAAAAUUUGGUAUAAAGUUAUUUCCAAAUAAUUUCCAGUUUGGUAAUCUCCUUAGUCUCAAAGUCAAACAUUUACAGUUUUCUGCUAUGUUAACCGGAGAAAAAUUUUUAAGAUUAAAUGGUGAAGUUUUCUCUUUAAACAACAAGCAUACAGUCGAAUUAGAAUCUUUCAUAUGGGUGAACAAGUCCAGUUACAACAAAGAAAUUGCUUUAGCGCUGACAGCAAAAGAUUAUAAUUUCAAUGAUCUUCUUAAGUGUGUUUAUGGUGAUAAAAUAUUAGUUCCAGAGUGGGUGAAGAUAUCUAGAGCAGCUAUCGUUAUCAUACCAAAUGCAAAAUCUGACUUGGUAUUUAAAAAUUCAUUAUUGUCUCAAAUUUCAUUUGAACCAGGAGUGUCUUUUGUUGGUGAAUUGGCAAGGGCUUCAUAUUGCGAAAACGAAAUAACAAGAGAUAUGUUUUGUCAAUACAUUAAUUUACAUAUACCAAAUUUUGCUGGUACACUUGUCAAUGGUCUUCUUAAAGAAGAUUUCUUUUUAUUACAAAGUAAACCAGGAAGUAUAAUCACUUUUUCAGAAGAUUUGUAUAUGUUAGACCCAGUCUUUUCAUUCUCAUAUAUAGAUGGUAAACAAAAUUUCAUUAUAUCUGGUGUUGCUGUUUUGAAUAUCAUAGGGAAAAAUGUGAAAGUCAAAGGAAAAAUUGGUGAGCAUGCCUCAGGAUUUCCAAUGUUGCAGUUUAGCGGAUUAUCAGUUUCUGAUUUUUUUCAGACAACACAAGUAGCAUUUAAGCCGUUUCUAGGUUCCAUUAUGCUUGAAGUUAGUCUUGAUUUUAGGCCUGUUAUUGAUCUUCUUGGAUCACAUAUUAAUCUUGGGACUAGUGAUCAGCCUAUAAGAUUAAUUAAUGCAAUUGGAAAGAUUGAUCUUAUUAAUCAAGAAGAAAGUUUUUUUUGUGGAGAUAUAAAAGAUUUGACAGUUGCAAAAAUUUUGCAAGCUUUUAGUUUACACUCCAAAUUAAAUGAAGUGCCAGUUAUUAAAGAUGCAAAGUUUAUUGGUAUAGCAAAAGCUAUUUAUCACGACGCAAAAAAAGACAAAAAGGUUAGUUGUCUAGAAGAAACAGUCUCACCUGGAUUAAAUAUUAGAGGUAGACUGCGAAUCUCAGCUAGCGUUAUUGUUAGUGUUCAUGUUUCAUUUAAUGAAACAACUACAGGCUUCUUCAUGCAGUGGGAAAAAAAGAUUUUCUCAAAAGGGUUGAUACAAUUUAAGAAAAUGGAAGAAAAAUAUAAUGAUGGACCUAUGUUAACAAGUUGGAUUUGGAAAAGUCCCAAUCAAGUUUCGAAAACUCAUUUUAUUUCUUAUGUUGUUGCUAUUGGAAUGGAAAUGAAAAAUGCAGAAGUUGUAGUUGAAAGGCGACUUGAUGGUUUUCUUUAUUUUUUAUUCACAAUGAAAGGAAAUUUGUAUAAUGAAAUAAAUAUGAUAAUGGAGUAUAAAGGAUCAGAGAGAUUGGAUGAUGAUUUCAAGGUUUCUGGCAGAGUUCUUGACAUAAGGAAGUCAAAGGAAUUGAUUUCAACUCAAGUGGAUGGAAUUUUUCAUAAGUUUUUUACUAUGUUUAACAUGCAUGCAAAACAAAGUGCAGAUAUGUUGAAAAAUGUAAGCAUGCUGGUUGAAUCUUUUGAGACUUCGCACUUUAGUUCUAGUGGGAUACUUAAUGAGCUGGUGAUUAAAUUAAAAGAAUGUGAAAAAAAGGUCAAAGAAAAUAUUCUUUCAAUUGAAACUGAUUGCGCUGACAGCUGCUCAAGGAAACCUAUAGAAAUUCCGAUCGUAACUCAACAAGAUUUUAGCAGUAAUGAUAUUGGAAAUUUACAGAUUCAGAUUAUGUCAUCAAAAUGGGCAGUAAAUGUAUCAUGUGUAGCUGCUUGUGAAGUUGAAAAAGGAAUUGCUUUUAAAAAGUCUCAAGAUUUUUUAAUAUCUGCUCGGAAUUAUUAUCCACAAUAUGAAAAACAAAAGUUACUGCAGCUUAAGUUAGAGAAGUUUCUUACAAUGGCACGCAGUAUCAAAAAUAUUUCUGAAAAUACAAGAAAUCGAUUUGAGAAAGAAUCUCGUAAAGCCAACAAGCUUGUAAAAAAACACGAAGAGAAUGCACACACAGAUUGGUUUGAAAUUCAUGAUAUUUUUAUACCUGAGGUUGCUGUGUCUACUCUAAAAGGAAAACUACCUUGUCUAACAUUUAGGCUGAGAUUUAGUUUAUAUAAAGAAAUUAAAGAGAUAAAUGAAUUAGUUUGUUUAAAUGGAGAGUUUUAUGAAAAUGUUGCUAUUGCAAUAUUUGAAACAUUGUUCACUAAGUCUGAUUUACAUUCAUAUUUUCAAAGCUUUGACCGUUUGAGAUUGUCUCACGCUAAAGUGAUGAGUCAUCAGAAUAGUUUAAUUAAACUUCUUCAAGAUGACAGCAAUCAUAAUGAUGUUCAUCUAAAUUUUGAUGAAGUAUAUAAUGCAACUAAAAUGUAUCAAAGAAGCAGUAUUUUUGUUUUCGCACCUAUUAAUGAUAAGAAAAAUACAGACAUAUAUGAAAAGGACUUUAAGAAACUUACUAUGACUGUCUUGCCCCAAUAUUUUGUUCAUAGCUAUAAGACAUCUUUGGUUAUGUUUCAAAAGUCACCUUGGGCAAUUAUAAAAACAGGAUUGAACCCUUCAAGUACUUCAACUGAUCGUAUAAAUGUUACCUUACCACAAGACAAUGAUUGUGUUACUUACAACAGUGUAGUGAUGAGAUACUCUCGCCUCACUAAUCUACUUGCAGAUUUAGUAGAUGCAUAUAAAGAUGGUAUAUCCACAUAUACUUCCACAAGAGAUAACUUGGUUGAUUCGCUACAUGUUUUAGAUUCAAAGAUAACUAAUGAAGCCAAUCGUACAUACUACACAAAAGGUCAAUUAAAAGAUAUGAUUUAUUGGAGUGUUCGUGUAUGGAAAGGUGUCGAAGACUGGGUUCAAGAUUCAACUCAUCAAUUUGAGGAUCAUAAUAAAAAUGCUAUCGCUUUAUUAACAGAUCAGUUAGAUAUUGCUUACGGUUCAGAUAAAACAACAACUGCAGCUGAUUUUAUUGAGUAUUUAUCACAAGUUGCAAGAAACGCUUUAAAGAAACUGGAAAUCGAAAAAUCAUUAAACAUUGAGAAGCGUAAUUUGCGUCUGAAACAAGAAGAUCAUAUUCAAAGCAUUGCUAUCACUCUCUCUGCUUUCCUUCGUAAUAAAGAUAUAUCUUUGGAUGAAGCUUCAACAAGAUUACCAUCACUUAAAUCUGAAAUACGUGAGCUUCUAUUGAAAGUACCGCAAUGUGAUACUCCACCCUAAAGUUGUUGAAACCUUGUUGCGGAUAGCCAAUACAAUGUGAUUUAUUCACUGCAAUCCACAACAAUGGCCUAAAUGUUUGUUUUUUUACAACUUUAAAAAAAGACAUGGUUAUGGUUAUGGAUUGUUACAACUCGUUUCUAUACAAUGAUCUAAGUUAGAAAAAUUUGUACAAAAAAAGUUGUACAAAAAAAAAUGGCAGGUGCCACAAAGCUUUGAAAUUUAACAGAUAUAACAGUUUUGUAUUUUUUUGUUUUAUAUGUUGUUUAAUUAUAAAUUUUUUAAUUCAGGUGUAAAUUUUACAUUACCUUGUGUACAGCUUCAAUUGUCAAGAUAAAUUUGUAUUUUUAAAAUUAAGAAAAAUAUAUUUAUUUUUGAUACA